AUGAGAAAACAAGCUGCAAGGAGCGAGAAGAACAAGCACCAUCCGCCUAGACGGAUGCCUAAUUGUGCCGUUUACUUCUACGUGUUCAUCCCUCUGCAGGAUAUAGAAGAGUUUGUUCAAAGCUCUGGAGAUGACGGCAUCGUGGUCUUCUCUUUAGGGGCCGUGGUCAAGAAUCUGACCACAGACAAGGCAAACCUGAUAGCCUCUGGACUCGCUCAAGUCCCACAAAAGGUGCUGUGGAAAUACAGUGGGAACACUCCCGAAACUCUGGGGUCCAACACUAAACUCUACUCAUGGAUUCCACAGAAUGACCUGCUGGGUGCGGUCAGCAGACUGACAGACAAGAUUAACUUCUCAGAGAGAACGUGGAACGUCCUCUUCUACGUCCUGCAGGACUUAGUUCUGGAUCAGUGUAUGUGGAAGAAGGAACACCCACCAGUGCCUGUAAGAUGAUGGGUAAUGCUGACAUCUGGUUGUUGAGAACCUACUGGGAUUUUGACUUUCCCCGUCCAUUACUUCCCAACUUCAAAUUUGUUGGAGGGAUUCACUGCAAACCUGCUAAACCAUUACCAAAGUAUUUCGAAAAGUUUGUCCAAAGCUCUGGAGAUGACGGCAUCGUGGUCUUUUCUUUGGGAUCUAUUGUCAAGAAUCUGACCACAGACAAGGCAUGAUCGCCUCUGCCCUCGCUCAAGUCCCACAAAAGGUCAGAAACGGGGGAAUCUACAGGGGGGCUCUGCUGUAGAGCCUUGCCCCCGUGGGUUAAUUAGAUUUUUUGGGUUGCGCCACUUUGACAAUGUGCCGUGCGCGCAGGACGCAGUUGCCUGGAGCGCAUCAAAGAUCAGCGCUGUUCCUCCUCUCUGCUCAAGAAUCCCCGGUGCCCCAAGAGUUCAAACAGAUACACAGCCCUGGUAUCCGUUCGAGAGGAGAACUAUGGUGGAAAAACUUAAUGUCAAAGAGCUUGGACCAGAUCAGCCCGACGUAAAGAUAAGCCAGCAGGACAAGGAGAAGGGUAAACUGUACACACGAGGCUUCUCCCAAAAUUGGUACACCAGGAAGCAGUGGCUAGCUGGAUGCAAUCACGCUAAUGCGUUAUUUUGCUUUCUGUGUUUGUUAUUCAAAACGGCUGGGA